AUGGAGUCGGAUAUGUCUAUCGGUGUUGAUGAGGAUCAAUACCGCAGGCAAGUUCUGCUGUUAUCCUCCGAGGAGCUGGAGACUGCGCAACAGCAACAGUUAGUAGAAGAAGCGCAACAACUGGGACUGAAGGUUCCGGAAGUUGAGAUUGUGGCGUCGCUGGCCGCUUCGAUUGCCUCAGGAAUGGUCGAUCUUUCCUCUCCGAUCAUCUCGUCCGGAUCAUCGACCGAUCGCAAUUCAGCGUACGAAGUCUCAGUAACACAAGCUCCCGAGUCCCCGGUCCUGGACCAGCUCGCCUUAUCCCUCUCCGAAUGUACUCUCUCCUCCGGCCCCGCAAAAUGUGGAAGCACUCGGUCGAUCGCUUCUCCCUCAACCCGCCCGACCUCGUACAGCUCUAGCGAUGGCAGGAUCGCGAGCAGAGCUUCUGGACAUAGGAAUUCGCUGUUAAGUGUAGCCUCCAGCAUCGACAAGAAGGAGAAGGAAAAAAGGAGAUCGAGUAUCAAGUCUGCAAUUGGGAAGAUACAUUUCAGGAAACGAAGACUGCCCUCUACAGUCCUUCUUCCACCCGCUGCGCAGCUGACCGUCGCAAAGGGCGAACGAGGGACCGAGAAAAUCUACCUGGAAUCGAAACCGAAGGAGUUGUGUCAGUCAGUCUCCACGGAAGAAAAAGAAGUAAGAGAACCCGAAGUUCUGAAGCUAGAAAUCCCCGUCUUCGAUAACGCUGCGUUGCUGCAGAGCCUUGCGAAUGCAGAGCUGAGGCAGAUGCGCCAAACCCAGACCGGGGAACGAAACCGUCAUAUAUCAUUUCAAAACACCCUUGUCCGUGAACUCCGACACCGCCAACAGAUAACACUAGACGGUCGGCUGAAACAAAACCAGACGCUUGAACAAGCAAAACGAGAAAAGAAUCUAAACGAUGCUUGCCGGAUGGAAGAACGACAGUUGGUGACCGAGAUGGAACAAGUACGAGAGUUUGAAAGGGCCAAGGCCAAUUCUCGAACGCGAAUAAAGUAUAUGGAAGGGUACCUCAGCAGCUCCAGCCCUCCACCGUCCCGAUCCCCAUCUAUAUCGGGGUCCGACUUGACCCCACCCAGUCGCAGUUUCACGCAGCAACAUCGCGCCCAGCUCGCGCAGGAAUACCAUGAUUUCGAUUCCAUGGAUCAACUCCAUCACGCCAAAAUCAAGGUGCUGCGAGAUCGACAGGAGCUUCGACUACAGGGAGCGAUUGCUCGGCUGGAAAGGGAGCUGGAGGCCCUGAUCGAGAAGCAUGCCAUGGAAGUCAACGAGCUACAGAAGGGCCAUCACAGAGAGGAAUCGACUUUAAUUCAGCUGCUCGAUGCGAAAAAGACCAAGCUACGCCACCGAUGGAACUUAGAGGAAGCUAUCAUCCGGAAAAAACUCGAGAACCAGGACGGGAAACCCUACGGACCGCUCCCUCCGCUGUUAUUCUCGGACUCGCAGUCUGACACGCGAGACUCGGCCAUUUGCGUGGCAGACCAUCCCGACACCCCCAACGGGAAUGAAGAAACCAAGCACUACAAGGAAUUUUGA